GAAAGUCGAGUAAAGCAUAGUUGAACACUUAACAUCAUACUAAACAGUCUAAAACCACGUAGUUACAGUCUAUAGUAUAGUUUAACCGCAAAAAAAUGGCGAAGUUAUUUGCUUGUACUAUCUUACUAGUGAUCGCUAGUACUGCAUAUGCCUCCGAUAUAGAGGGUGGUGUGCCGACGACCAUACAAGAUCAUCCCUACCUGGUGUCCAUACAAGGCAAAGAUGGUCCACCCGUGAUCUGUGGUGGUGCCUUAAUUAAUGAGAAUACCGUUGUGACCGCUGCACAGUGCUUGGCUUUCUACGAUGUCUCUCAAUUGGCUGUCGGUGUUAAUAACGGCGAAAGAGUCAUUCAAAUUGCUGCACAAAGCUUCAAUCCGCAAUUCGAUUUCGUUACCAUGCAAAAUGAUGUGGCCGUUUUGAAAUUGGCUGAACCAGUGGAGAGUGGUGGUUACCUUGAGUUGGCUAGCACAGCACCGGAAAAUGGUGACAGUGGUGUGGUAACUGGUUGGGCAGCAAACAACAGUUUAGUGGAUGUGGCCGUGAGAACACUUACUGCCGAGGAAUGCGGCUCGGGCGACUAUAAGUACAGCGAGGAUGAAGUGUUGAAUACCAUGCUAUGUGGCUUGGCUAGUAAUCUACAAGCUUGCAAUGGUCAACCUGGUCUGCCAUUAGUGGUUGGUAAGCAGCUAGUUGGUUUGGUUUCCUGGGGUUAUGGUUGUGGCAACAAGGGUAAUCCAGCAGUCUUCACCGAUAUUGCCGCCGAGCGUUCGUGGAUCAUUGAAACGGCCAAUAAGCUUUAAAAUUAUAUUGAAUAUUAUGAAAUGAAAUAAUAAUUUUAUGAUUAGUUUGAAGCAAAA